AUGUCAAAAAUGGAAGGGCUCUUUUCCGCUUCGAGUGUAGUUUUCAUGCUUCUCAAUUUGCCCCCUUCCCACACCUUCUUAUCUAAACAGUAUUUCAGUGAGGUUAUCGGCCUGUACGGGCAUCCACUGGCACUUCACCAUGUCAUGUUCAUUCCAACUCUUCAAUCUCAAUGCGCUGAUGAUCAGAUGCAUUGGCUACAGCAGGCACUAUCCAGGCAGAUCAUCGGUACCUACGCCCAGACGGAGCUGGGCCACGGUUCAAAUCUGAGAAAGCUGGAGACAACAGCCACCUAUGACGCGCAGACACAAGAAUUCGUGCUUCACAGCCCAACGAGGACAGCAAUGAAAUGGUGGCCCGGAAACCUUGGCAAAAGUGCGAACCAUGCUGUAGUGGUUGCCUGCCUGAUCAUCGACGGAAUCACUAUCGGAGACAUUGGCCCAAAAAUGGCUACUGGCCCCAUCGACAAUGGCUUUCUCAGCUUUGAUCAUUAUCGUAUUCCAAGAAAGAAUAUGCUUUGCUUAAUAAGGCAUCCGCCCAGAGUAACGCCUGAUGGCAAGUAUGCUCGUCCACCACAUGCUAAGAUUGGCUAUUCAGCGAUGGUGCAUGUUCGUGCUUACAUGAUCUCCGACCAGGGAAGGUUCCUUGCUCAGGCCCUCACCACCGCCAUACGAUACUCAGCAGUUCGACGUCAGGGAGAGAUUAAACCUGGAGGAGGAGAAGUGAAGAUCCUCGAGUACCAAACACAGCAGCAUCGCCUCCUGCCACAACUUGCUCGAGCUUUUGCCUUUGUUUUCACUGGACAAGCUGUUAGGGACAUAUAUUUGAGGGUGCGGAAGGAUGUCUUGAAAGGAAAAGUGGAUGAAAUGGCCGAACUGCACUACAUAACGUCAGGUCUCAAGGCGGUGGUUACCCAUUUAGUCGGUCAAGGUAUUGAACAGGCUCGCAUGAGCUGUGGUGGCCAUGGAUAUUCGAAAGCUAGCAAUAUACCGGAUCUCUACGGUGUGGCCAUUGGUGGUUGCACGUACGAGGGUGAGAAUAUGGUGAUGCUCCAGCAGUUGGCC